GAUAAAUUAGCCCUAGUUCAAAAUUGGUAAGUGGCAGAAAAAUUCUUUUGUGUUCUUUUCGCUGGAAAGUAACAUUCUCUGUUUGGAUUGAACACUGAGUCUCGGUUUUCAAAUCUAUUUUUCUGGCAAGGAUUUUGUGAUCAUAUUCUUUUUCUGGUGAGACACACAAGCUUCUUCAAUUGAGUCAGUCAUUGCUUCCACCAUUGUUGGAAGGUCAUGGGUAUUCAAUAAAGCGUCUUCAAGUGAGUCGUUGCUUCCACUCUAGCAGUGUGUGAGGGGACAUGAUGAUGGGUGAUCCUCAAAAGCAUAGAAUCCUGAUGGUCUCAGAUUUUUUCUAUCCCAACUUUGGUGGUGUGGAGAAUCACAUAUAUUACCUCUCACAGUGUUUGCUCAAGCUAGGCCACAAGGUGGUGGUUGCAACUCAUUCUUAUGGAAAUCGGUCUGGGGUCAGAUAUAUGACUGGUGGUCUGAAAGUCUACUAUGUUCCAUGGAGGCCGUUUGUUAUGCAGAAUACAUUACCAACCUUCUAUGGAUUACUACCAAUUAUUAGAAUUAUUCUUAUCAGAGAAAGAAUUACAGUGGUGCAUGGACACCAAGCCUUUUCAACAUUUUGUCAUGAAGCUCUUAUGCAUGCAAGAACCAUGGGAUACAAGGUUGUGUUUACAGAUCAUUCACUGUAUGGUUUUUCUGAUGUUGGAAGUAUUCACAUGAACAAGGUGUUACAGUUUACCUUGGCAGAUGUGAGUCAAGCCAUUUGUGUUUCCCAUACAAGCAAGGAAAACACAGUGCUGCGGUCAGGUUUGCCACCUGAGAAGGUUUUUGUCGUACCUAAUGCUGUGGACACUUCCAUUUUCAAGCCUGCAGUGAAUCGUCCAAGCGGACCAGAAAUUGUUAUUGUUGUUAUCAGCAGAUUGGUUUAUCGAAAGGGAGUUGAUUUACUUGUUGAAGUCAUUCCGGAAGUAUGCCGAUUACAUCCUAAUGUUCGUUUCAUUAUUGGAGGUGAUGGACCUAAGCGUGUGAGGUUGGAAGAGAUGAGAGAAAAGCAUUCACUUCAAGAUCGAGUGGAAAUGUUGGGAGCUGUGCAACAUGUACAAGUUCGAUCUGUUCUGAUAUCUGGACACAUCUUCUUAAACAGUUCUUUAACAGAAGCUUUUUGUAUAGCCAUAUUAGAAGCUGCAAGUUGUGGAUUAUUGACAGUGAGCACAAGAGUGGGAGGAGUUCCUGAGGUUUUGCCCGAUGAAAUGAUUGUUUUGGCAGAGCCUGAUCCUGGUGAUAUGGUACAUGCAAUUCAAAAGGCAAUAUCUAUUCUGCCAAAGAUUGAUCCGCAAGUCAUGCAUAAUCGGAUGAGAGAACUAUACAAUUGGCAUGAUGUUGCCAAAAGGACUGAAAUUGUAUAUGAUCGUGCUUUGAAGUGCUCCAACCAAAAUCUUCUUGAAAGACUCUCACGAUAUCUCUUCUGUGGAGCGUGGGCGGGCAAGCUGUUUUGCUUGGUCAUGAUUGUUGGUUUCUUGUUAUGGCAACUAUUGGAAUUAUGGCAGCCUGAAGAUGAUAUUGAGGAGGUGUCAGAUUUUAGUCUUCCUCACAACUGUGAUGAAGAUAUGUUGGAAGAGAACCCAGUGAAAUGAGUAGCGUGAUCCAUUAUUUUUGCCGAAUCACGGAGUUUUUGUUUUGCCACGAAUAUGAUAUGCAGAAUAACAAAAAGAAUACACAUGGCGUUAACACUAAUCCGAGGCCCCAGAUCUUGAAAUGGAGAUAAUCAUCAAUCCUUUGCAUGAGUGGUCUUGGAGAUACAUGUGUGGCUGAAAUGGAUUCUGUAUAGAGAGAACUGUGCGGUAUGUUCUAAUUAGUGUUAAUAUUAUUGUCAGCAUUACUUUGUUGAGGCUUGUAAUCAAACAUGUUAAACUGAAGUGUGAAAUCAAGGUUCGAAUAUUUUCUGUACAA